AUGAGUCCAUCAACACCAUCUCUUCCACCACUACAAGUGUUGAUGGACCUUGAGAAUGAGAACAAUGGUAGAGAAAACAGAAAACUGUGGGUGCUGAAUCCUCCAGAGCCACCAUGCAUGCUGCAUCGAGCCGUGGACAAUAUCAAGGACAGCGUCUUACAUUGUCCGAAUCCGAACAGAUUCUUUUCUCUCAAACAUGAACCUUUGGAUAAAACAGUGUUACCUUUGUUGCAUGGUUUGUUUCCCAUUCUUAAGUCAUUAAAAAACUAUGAUGCUCAUAAGUUCAAGUGUGAUGUAUUGGCGGGUUUAAUCCUCGCAAUCUUCGCUAUUCCUCAGGCUAUGGGAAAUGCGAGUUUGGCUAAGAUGAGUCCUGAAUAUGGCCUAUAUACAAGUAUUGUUCCACCUCUUAUUUAUGCAUUGCUGGCGAGUUCGAGGGAGAUAGUAAUAGGACCUGUAACUGUGGAUUCAUUGCUACUUUCUUCAAUGAUUCAAACAUUGAAAGAUCCUAUAAAUGAUUCCAUUGCUUAUACUCAACUUGUUUUGACUGCAACUUUUUUUACUGGUGUAUUCCAAGUUGCAUUUGGAUUCCUCAGAUUUGGUUUUCUGGUGGAUUAUCUUUCUCAUGCCACGAUAAUCGGGUUCUUGGCAGCCGUAGCCAUAGGCAUUGUAUUACAACAAUUGAAAGCACUAUUUGGAAUCACUAACUUUACCAACAAGGCUGAUUUAAUCUCCGUGAUUAAAUCUCUUUGGUCAUCUUACAAAAACCACUCAGAAUGGCAUCCUUACAAUUUUAUUAUUGGAUUCUCAUUUUUUUCUUUCAUCAUAUUUGCUAGAAUCCUGGGGAAAAGGAAAAAGAAAUUCUUGUGGUUAUCACACAUGGCUCCUCUUGUUUCAUUCAUUAUAUCAACUGUUAUAGCAUAUAGAGUGAAUGUUCAUCAUCUCAAACUCGAAGACUAUAAAAUCGAAGUUUUAGGACCAAUCAAAGGAGGUAGUUUGAAUCCAAGUUCACUCAAUCAAUUACAACUUGAUGGUAAUGGUAAAUAUUUGGGUCCAUUGAUCAAAAUAGCAUUGACAGUUGCGAUUAUUUCAACCACGGAAUCUGUGGCUGUUGGAAGAAUAUAUGCAUCACUAAGAGGUUACAAUAUUGAUCCAAACCGAGAAGUUCUAUCCUUAGGGAUAAUGAACAUUUUUGGAUCAUUCACUUCUUGCUAUGUUGCAUCAGGUUCUAUUGCUCGUACGGCUGUAAAUUAUAACGCUGGCUCGCAAACAAUGGUAUCGAGUAUAGUGAUGGCAGUAACAGUGUUAACGUCGCUUAAAUUUUUGACAAAACUGUUAUAUUUCACUCCGAAAGCAAUGCUAGCAGCAAUAAUUCUUUCAGCUGUACCAGGACUUAUUGAUUAUAAAAAAGCAUACGAAAUUUGGAAAGUUGAUAAAUUCGAUUUUCUUGCAUGUGCUGGAGCAUUCCUUGGAGUGUUGUUUUCGUCUGUGGAAAUAGGCCUUGCAAUUGGGGUCAUGAUAUCAUUUGCGAAGAUAAUUUUGAUAUCGAUUCAACCUGGUGUAGCGGUUAUUGGAAGGUUUCCGGGAACCGAUGCAUUUGGCGACGUGGAACAAUAUCCAAUGGCGAUUAACAUGUCCGGAGUUUUGGUUGUUAGCAUAAAAUCUGCAUGGCUUUGUUUUGCAAAUGCAAGUCCUAUAAGGGAAAGGAUUGAGAGAUGGGUGAUUGAAGAAAAAGGCGAAAAUGGUAAAGGAGAAAGCACCAUCAAAGUUGUUAUUAUUGAUACAUCAAGUCUUGUGAGUAUUGACACAGCAGGAAUAGCUUCUCUGGUGGAGCUGAAUAAUAAUCUUAGGUCGUAUGGAGUCAUGUUAUCCAUUGCUAACCCAAGGUGGCAAGUGAUUCACAAACUAAGAUUGGCUAACUUUGUAGCUGAAAUUGGAGGAAGGGUUUUUCUGUCUGUGGGAGAAGCUAUUGAUGCAAUACUUAGUGCUAAAAUGGCUAACGUAUAA